CUGCGCAUCGAUUUUGUAUUUUAAAUGCUGCAGCUCAAGCAGAGCUCCAAACAGUCCAAGAUGCGCGCUCGUGCCUUCAUCAUCAUCCUCAGCAUCUGGUGCUGUUGCAGCGGUGCCUCUGCAACUCGGCUGCGGCGUCAGGUGGUGCAGCCGCAGUGGCUAAUGCGGCCCGAUUUGCUGCCCUCUGCCCAGGCGACCAAGGUGAAGGUUACGCCACAAAAUCUUCAAGAAGUCGCUGCCCUUCGGGCCGCCAUUUUAAGGGCGGUCAAUGAUGGCACCUACGCGGUGGACGCCAGUUCGAAGCAGUUCGUGCCAGGUGUGAGUCAAACAAGUAAACCUCGAGCAACUGCGGCACCAUUGAAAAGGCCCGUGCAGCCAGCUUUUCCGUCUUGGUGGCAACCGGGUUAGAUAGAUCCGAAAGUGCUCGAAGUUCGUUGCGUUUAGCGAUCGAAGAGAUGAGGCAGCUUUAAAAGACGACGCGACUUCAAAAACUGCAAAACAUUUCGAGAAGGAAACGGAAAAAAACAAAAAU